AUGCGUCUUAUUGAAGAGCCGAUUGAGAGUACUUAUCAAUACCUGAUAAGCAGCGCUGAUAGUGGCGCUGACGCUGUGACAAUAACCCUCGAAUUCCAACCUGAUGCCCGGGGGUAUUCUUGCACCGAGCCCGGGUGCGGGAAGACGUUCCUUCGAGCGGAGCAUCUCUCGCGACACCGGCUGAAUCACCAACCAAAGCAGAUAUUCCAAUGUGCCUCAUGCCCAAAACGCUUCGUCCGCAAGGACCUGCUAAGACGCCAUGAGCGGCGCCAUGAAAAGGGCAUGUGGUUCCGCAAUUCCGGCGGCUUUGUGGCUUCGAAUGCGAGUCCGAUGCAGGGCUCCUCCGAGGCGCAAGCUCAACGAAUGUUGGAAUCGGCUGCCAUGUUCACCGAGCGUGAGCAAGAGGAAGACGUCCGGAUGUCUGAAUCAGCCACGCCUGAUGUGAAGCUGAUGCAGUAUGAAGAUGAAGAUGACGAUGAGGACGACGAGGAAGAGUCUGAAGAAAGGCCUGACCAAGCGCCUGUUGUUUAUGACCAUGCUGCGCACAUUGACCAGAUGGGAUUUCAGAACCAGAACCUUGAUGCUACCAGCCAUAGCAACGAUAUGUUCCCUCCAUUCCAUGAAGACCAGGUGACUUCGCUUUUCUUUGACCCGUCCAUAACGAUACCUGAUCCAGCCCUGGAUUUUGAAUGGUUGUUCGACAACCUAUCAGCCGAUCUCAACUCUGCCGGAAGUGCGGGAAUUCCCUCAGUAGUUUCGCCUCAAAGUAGCACUUCUAUACCUGGAAUAUCACCGCUGACAUUUGGAGUCCCGUCUCCUGGGCACAUUCGAAAAUCGAUAUCGUCCCAAUCUUCCAGCUCUUCGCCGUGGGCUGAAGUUCGCGCCAAUCUAUUGAAAGCGCUGAACAGUCUGGCUCCAGAUAUUCUCAUGUCUUCUUUCUUUUACCCUAAUAAUUUGGCCGGCUUCUGGGAUCUCUAUUUCGAAAACUACCACCCGCAUUUUCCUAUUCUGCAUAAACCGACUCUAGAUCCGGUCAGUGCGUCACCGUUAUUAGUGGCUGCCAUAGUCACGCUCGGGUCAACGCUGUCGGGCGACGGUGGGCAUUUCGAUGUUGCCAAUAAGAUACAUGAUUCUCUACGUUAUAUUAUCUUUGGUACCCCUGAUUUCGACCCUCCUGCGUCGCUAUGGUGUGUGCAGACUCUCUUGAUUAUCCAAGCCCACGAGAAGAUGUUUUCCACGAGAAAGCACCACCAGCUUGCACAUAUCUUUCACGGCGCCAUCAUCACGCUCAUGAAACGCGGAGUGGCGUAUCAACAUGCAAACCUCGCGCCAGGCUCAACAGCCACUGAGCGAUCAUGGUACCAAUGGGUUGAAAUGCAAGCCUCGAACCGAACUGCCUUUUUUGGCUUUGUCAUGGAUGCGCAGCACACCUUCAUGUUCGGACACACGUGUAUUUUGUCUGUUCACGAUGUACGUCUACCGCUACCAUGUGCAGACGUCCUAUGGGACUGUAGCAACCCUGAAGAAUGGGACCGCAUGAUGCGCAAGACUCCCGAGUCACCGGGCUUCCUUCCUAUCUUGAAACGCUUACUAGCACGCACGCCAAUCCCCCCACACUGCAGCGCAUUCUCACGACUUAUUCUGUUGCAUGGGCUAUUCAGCGUCACGGCCCAUUUAAAAGCCCGAGACUCGGUGACAUUAGGCGUUGGACGGUCAUCAACCGCCAAUUCACCACGACCAGACGCUAUUGAUACAUGGAAGGAAACAGUCGAGCGGGCAAUGGACACAUGGUCAUUUUCACUGGUUUCCCGCAGCUCGUCGCUAGCCUUGGAAGCAUCGCGACCGCUCCAUCGAAUGGCCUAUGUAGCCAUCUACACGGACAUCAACGACAUCCACAUCCUUGCUGGUGCCCCGUCACUUCUCGGCAGCCUACUGUCAACAAACGACCGACUCCGCGCGACAGCACGCGUGCGCGCCUGGAGCCAAAGACAAGAGUCAAAAAAGGCUCUCUACCACUGUCUGCUAUUAAUCCAAGAGACAAUAUUCACCGGCCAGCUGUAUAAAGCUAGUGGAGACAAUAUCGCACUACGGCCCUGGUCGAAUUACCACGCGGCAUUGAUCCUGUGGGCAUACGGAACCAUGGCCCGCGAGAAACACCCGCUCGAGGGCAAGCGAGUGUCCUACAGCGCUGAAGAUUAUCUCGUCCGUAUGCUCAUGUUGCUGAAGAACGACGCGGAUGAUGUUGAUGCGGUGGCCCAAGAGACGUCUGAGCUGCUGCAGGCGGUGCGUGAGAGUCUUGAAGGGUGUCGCUGGGAGCUGCUACAAGAAGCAUACGAGACAUUAGGGAAGUUGAUAGGGAAUGACACCAAAUAA